AGACUGAAACAGAAGAACAAACAUUCUAUCGACUAGAAAACUCGACGCCUGAAGUGGGGUUUUUUUUUACAAUCCAAGAUGAAUUGGACAUGGAAAGAAACAAGUUGCAGUAUUUUCAUCGUCAUCAUGGUUUUUUCAACCAUGUUCGUUUUGACAGAGGCUUAUGAUGCACUUGACCCAAAUGGAAAUGUUACAGUCAAAUGGGACAUAAUGAGCUGGACUCCUGAUGGCUAUGUUGCUGUUGUGACGAUUACUAACUUCCAGGCAUUUCGUCAUUUCGAAUCACCAGGGUGGUCAUUGGGAUGGACCUGGGCAAAAAAGGAGAUAAUAUGGAGCAUAAUGGGAAGCCAAACCACAGAGCAAGGAGAUUGUUCAAAGUUUAAAGGGAACAUUCCACAUUGCUGCAAGAAAAGCCUUACAAUCGUUGAUUUAUUGCCUGGGACUCCUUACAAUCAGCAGAUUGCAAAUUGCUGUAAAGGGGGAGUACUCAGUUCAUGGAUGCAAGAUCCUGCCAAUGCUGUAGCCUCGUUCCAGCUAAGCGUCGGCUCAGCAGGAACAAGUAGGAAAACUGUCACUUUGCCUAAGAACUUCACUCUGAAAGCACCAGGGACUGCUUAUACUUGUGGACCAGCAAAAAUCGUUGAACCAACAAAAUUCCUCUCUGCAGACAGAAGGAGAGUCACUCUAGCUUUAAGAACAUGGAUUGUUACAUGUACGUAUUCAUAAUUUCUGGCUUCCAAGACUCCACCAGUCUGAUGCUUAUUAUUGCAAAGUGGGUAUUGAACAAUAAUUUUAGUUUGGUUAUUUUGAUGUCUUGGAUAUUGAUCACUCACUGUUGGUCAAACCUAUGGAAGUUUUAUUAUAAUUUGUAUGUUCUGUGUUUUGCCUAA